AUGUUUUGUUUUCUUCUUAAGGCUACAUUAUUUCCAGGUAAUAGUUCAUCUAUCUAUCUAUCUAUCUAUCUAUCUAUCUAUCUAUCUAUCUAUCUAUCUAUCAAAGUCUGUUCAUAUCUAUCUAUCUAUCUAUCUAUCUAUCUCAAUCUGUUCGUAUCUCUAUCUAUCUAUCUAUCUAUCUAUCUAUCUAUCUAUCUAUCUAUCUAUCUAUCUAUCCCAUUCUGUUCGUUUCUAUAUAUCUAUCCCUGUUCAUACCUAUACAUCUUUCUAAUUAUGUUCCUAUCUAUCUAUCUAUCUAUCUUUCUAUCUAUCUAUCUAUCUAAUUAUGUAUAUUAUCUUUCUAUCUAUCUAUCUAUCUAUCUAUCUAUCUAUCUAUCUAUCUAUCUAUCUCAUUCUUUUCAUAUUUAUCUAUCUCUGUUCAUAUCUAUCUAUCUUAUUCUGAUCAGAUCUAUCUAUCUAUUUACCUAUAUGCCUUUCCGUCGAGCUAUCUAUCUCAUUCAAUUCAUAUCUGUCGAAAAGAUGUUCUAA